CCCGAAUUCUUGUACUCUCCGUAGAGAAUAGUACACGGAGGGCUAAGAUACGUCUGAGCAGUUACAUUUCCAUUCGCGGAGAUUGUGCAUCGCUGGAUCGAGAAACCCUAGUCCAUGAUGGGGCGGCUGAAAGCGAUACCAGAUGCUGACGACGGCGACGAGCUUCCACAGUUCACAGGCUUCGAGCUCGAUGGAGAAUACAUGAAGAGAUUGGAGCACAACAAGAACCGCGAGGCUCUCCAGCGACAUGAGGAGCGAAAGAAGAGAGGUCUCAUCGACGAUUCCGAGGAAGAUUCUGAGCCGGAGUCUGAGCCGGAUUCUGAUCUUGGAAAUCCAGAAAGCGAUCUCAAAUUCGUUGAUUUGUUGCUUAAGGUAAAGAAAAAGGAUCCUAUUAUUAAGAACAAAGAUGCUAAGUUCUUUGAGUCUGAUGAUGAGAGUAGUGAAGAAGAAGAUGGGGUUGAUAAGAAGGAUAAGAAAAAGAAGACGAAGAAGAUGUAUUUGAAAGAUGUUCAAGCACAGCAUUUGCUUGAGGAAGGUCCUGAGUAUGUUGAGGAAGAUGAGAAAAGGAAGGUUAGGACUUACGCUGAGCAGCAGGGAGAGAUGAGGAGAGCUGUUACGGAUGCUUUGGAAGCUGGAGGGAAUGAGAGUGAUGGAGAUGAUGAUUUUUUGAGAGUUGUGGAGAAGGAAGGAGAUGAUGAUGUGGAGGUUGAUGAGGAGUUAGCUAAGAAAAUUGAUGAGUAUUUUGGUGAAGAAGCUGAGGUUGUUGAGAAUCAGUUUUUGAAAGAUUAUUUGGUGAAACAGUUGUGGAAGGAGAAAGAGGAGAAUAUUGUAGAUAAAGCAGAGUUGAAAGAGUUGAGUGAUGAUGAGCGUGCUGUUUGGGAUCAGGAGGAUUUUGAGGCAGGAAGACCGUUGGAGAGCAGCUAUAGGCAUGAAGAGAAUGCUGGGGACAUUGUUAUGGGUCAGUCUAGGGUUGUGGAAGGGUCGGUGAGGAAGAAGGAUAAUGCGAGGAAGGUGCAGAGGAAGAGUAAAGAGGAGAGGAUGAAGUUGGCUGAGAUGGAGAGGAAAGAAGAUUUGAAGCGGUUGAAGAAUGUUAAGAAGAAGGAGAUGAAGGAGAAGAUGAAGAAGGUGCUUUCUGUUGCUGGUUUUAAGGAUGAAGAAGAGUGUCCGUUAGAUGCGAAAGAUUUUGAUGAUGAGUUUGAUCCGGAGGAGUAUGAUAAGAUGAUGAAAGCUGCGUUUGAUGAUAAGUAUUAUGGUGCGGAGGAUUCGGAUUUGAAUAGUGAUGAGGAUGAUGAUGGAGAGAAACCAGAUUUUGACAAAGAAGAUGAAUUGCUUGGACUUCCCAAAGAUUGGGAUGUGACUAAAGGUGGGGAUGUUUUUACAGCCGCUAGAGAAAAGGGUUUGAAGCACAAGGGGAACGUUUUGGGUGAUGAUGAAGAAGAAGAGGAAGAAGAAGUAGAUGAUGCAGAAGUAGAGGAAGAAGAAGUAGAUGAGGAGAAGGAGGCAGAGGGUAAGAGGAAGAGAAAGCGAAAAACGUCACUUGUACAAAGAGCCAAAGAAGCUUUGAUGGAGGAGUACUACAAGUUAGACUAUGAGGAUACAAUUGGAGAUUUGAAAACAAGGUUCAAGUAUGCGAAAGUACAACCAAACAGAUUCGAACUGGAUACAGGAGAGAUACUCACCUUAGAUGACACAGACCUGAACCAAUAUGUGCCAUUGAAGAAGAUGGCUCCUUAUGUGGAAAAGGAUUGGGAGGUGAAUAAGCACAAGGUUAAGGAGCAGAAACUUAAGAUCAGGGAGUUGUGGGAGGGUAAACACAAUGAGAAGAAAAACAAGAAGAGGAAGAAGACUGAUGUUGCUGAGACGAAACCAACACCGAAAGCAGAUGAGGAAGGUGAGGCUGAGGCUGAGGCUAAACUAUCGAGAAAGGCGAAGAGAAGAAGGCGUCAAGCAGAGAAGAAGCUUCCUGCUAGCAGAAUGGCUGCUUAUGGGAAGGCAUAAUAAAAAUGGGAACUGAUGCACCAUCUCUUUUCGUUUUAAGGUUUUGGGCUUUCAAUUUUAUACAUUUUGAGUGUAUCGAAUUUACUCUUUUUAUCUCCUAAAGUUAAUUAGAUCAUAGUGAGUUUCAGCUUUAUCGUUUUCUACUAUAAGAUUCUAAGAUUAUCAGUUUUGUUUCAUUGUUCUUCAGUGUUGGAAUUGAAUAUCAUUCAUUCUUCGUUA